ACUGAUAAAUUUUUGUGAUUUUUCAUAAAACAAAAUUCAACAAAAAACAUAAAAAAAAGAACCAUUAUAUAUCUUUUAUUUAAAUACCAAAAGUAAUUUUGAUUCAUUUAAUACAAAACAAAAAUGAAUCACCAUGAAUCGAAAGCAAAAUUCCUCAGUACUUCGAAUGAUCCACCCAGUAGUUCUGGCUACAUUACUUAUCGAAUGCAAGAGGAACAACCAAUUUUUACGAAGCGUAAAAUGCUUCUAAACAUUCCACAAUCUUAUUCCGAUAUAACACAUUUAACUGUUUCGCAUAAUUGGCUUUAUUGUAUUGUAUCACAACAAGUUUUACUCAAGUUCCAAUUGCCAAAGGCAUCGCCACCAAUUGAAAUUCCAUUGGAAAAAUACUCAAAUGGCUAUACAAUUGCUAAGACUUUUCUUGAUCACACCGGCCAACAUUUGCUCAUUUCUCUGGUCUCCAAGAUUCCAGGGAUAUCUGCUGAACUUCUUUAUGUAAAUGGCAAAACUAAUAAAGUCAAAAGAAUUGACAAACUCAAAGAUCACGAAGUCACUGCGGUCGGAUUUAAUAUUUACCAAGGAGACGAGUCCUCAACUGGACCCAUUUUGAUUGGAACUAGUCGAGGAUUGAUUUUUGAAAUUGAUCUUAAUCAAGAUGGUGAUAGAUCGUAUAGGAAGCAGCUGCCCUCAUACAUUCCCCUGUAUGGCCUGAGGGAACUGGAUGGACUGAUUUACGACCUCGGCCUAGGUCGCAUUAAAUAUCCAAUCAAUGGUUUGGAUUUCUUUCGAGUUCCAGACUCCAACAAAUAUAUCGUUCUAGCUGCUACUCCCGACUGUUUGUAUGGCUUCUAUGAAACUGUCCGAAUCGAUGAGAAGUUUACCCUUCAAACUAUUUUCAAUGCCUACGUCAAUGGAAUGCGAGUUCAACUUGCCGAAGAGAUAAAAACCGAUCUAAAAUACUCGGCUCUAGGAUUCCAUGUAGAAUCUCAAUGGCCAACUCGGUAUGCUUGGUUAAAUGGCAAUGGCAUUCGAACUGGGGAGCUUUCAAAGGACCCGGCACAAGAGAAUUUCAUUCUUGGCAAAGAAAAUAUUCCCUUCUCUCAAGAUUUAAAGCCACUUUCGGUAGAAGAACGUAAGCAAUUGGUUCCAAAAACCAUAAUGCUCACUCAAUUCCAUGCGUUGCUUCUCUAUUCCGAUCAUAUAACUGGAAUUUGCCUCCUCAAUCAAGAAUCUGUAUAUGAAGAAUAUUUCUCGGAACAAUUUGGCAAACUACUUGACAUUGUUAUGGAUCCAUUUAAUGGAUCCAUCUAUGUUUACACUCCCAAGCAGAUUUUCCACUACCGUGUAACUCACGAAAAUCGAAAUCUCUGGCAAUUGUAUCUGAAAAAAGGAAUGUAUGAUUUAGCCGAACAGAAUGCUGAGAAUCCUGCCCAAAUGGAUAUUGUGUUGGCACGAAAAGCUGAAGUCUCAUUUGACCAAAAAGAAUACCUUCGCAGUGCGGAGAUAUAUUCAAACACCAAAAUCAAUUUCGAACAGAUUUGUCUGAAAUUCCUAUCGCUGGAAGAUAAGCGUCCUUUGAUGACUUAUGUAAAGAAUCGUUUAGAUAAAUUACGCAAUGAGGAUCUAACUCAAAUAACCAUGUUAGUUGUUUGGUUGGUUGAAUUGUAUCUAACUGAAAUCUCUUGGCCUGGUUUGGAUGAGCAAAAAAGACAAGACUGGCAAUCAGAGUUUGAUAGUUUUUUGCAAUCACCACGAGUUGACAAAUGCAUUCGAAAUAAUAGAUCGGUGAUUUAUGAUUUGAUGGCGUCACACGGCGAUAGUCAUAAUUUGUCAAUGUUGGCUGCCGUUAAUCAUGAUUAUGAAUCAGUUAUUAAUCAGCAUAUAAAUCAGCAGAAAUUUACUCAAGCACUUGGAGUUCUCAAAACCCAACGAAGUCCUGAGAUGUUUUAUAAAUACGCACCAAUUUUAAUGGAGGAAAUUCCCCAGGAAACUGUAGCGGCAUUAAUGACCCAAGGAAAAAAACUCAAUGUGGAAAGAUUGAUACCGACUUUGAUAUGUUUGGAUAGUCAAUUGCAUAUUGAAGAAAUUAUUAAAUAUCUUGAAUAUGCUGUUUAUUCAUUGGGUGAACAAAAGCAGGCUUUACAUAAUUAUUUAUUACGUUUGUAUGCUCAGUAUAAACCGGAAAAGUUGGAUAAGUAUUUGGAAAAUGAAGGAACUGACAUUACAUUGGUGCAUUAUGAAGUGAAGUAUGCUUUGCGAGUUUGUCUUGAACAUGAAGCAAAAACUGCAUGUGUAUUUUUGCAAUGUUUGUUGGAAAUGUGGGAGGCGGCUGUUGAAUUGGCAUUGACAUUUAAUAUUCAACAAGCUAAGUUGACAGCUUCGAAACCUGGAGAUGAGGAGACGAGGAGGAAACUUUGGUUAAGGAUUGCUCAACAUGAUAUACGUGGAACAAACGAUGUUAAGAAAGCCCUUGAACUCCUUAAAGAAUGUGAACUACUGCGAAUUGAAGAUCUCUUGCCAUUCUUUUCGGAUUUCGAAAAAAUCGAUGACUUUAAAGAAGCCAUUUGUACUGCUUUAAAGAACUACAAUGAACAAAUUCAAGCACUCCAAGAUGAUAUGUUAGAAUCCUCCAAAUCAGCCGAACGUGUUCGCAGUGAUCUCCAAGGCCUACGUAAUCGUUCAGUUCGUAUUGGUGCUCAAGAGCCUUGUGCUAUUUGUGAAACAUACCUCCUACUCAAACCGUUUUUUGUAUUUCCAUGUGGACAUAAAUUCCAUGGGGAUUGUUUGGAGAAACAAAUCAUUCCAAUGCUUACAUCGGAACAAAGUCGGCGUUUGUCUUCGUUGAAGCAACAAUUGGAAAAUAUUUUAACAACUUCGAUUGCUAUAGCUGAGCGGACUAAUCAACAACGUUUAUCAAGGGAAAAGAUCAAAACUGAAAUUGAAAAUAUUCUAGCUUCAGACUGUUUGUAUUGCGGAGUUAUGAUCAAUACAAUUGACCAACCAUUUGUUGAAGAUUGGGAACAAGUUAAUGUCGAUUGGGAAUAAAUAAAAACACAAACUCGCUAUCGUUUAAUUUUAUAAUCUAAGCUUAAAAAUAUUAUAUAUUUAUUUAACCAAAAUAUACAAAAAAAACCUUACACUGCUACAAGUGCA